GAGAAGCUGAGCCCGGGCCCCAGGAGCUCGAUGGCGAAACUUUGACGCCUUCUAUUUAAAGUCGCGGGGCCAGCCCGCCCCCCGGGCCGGGAACCCGAGCCGCGCGCCGGGGCAGGGCCGAGCCGGGCCGGGGCCAGAGGCGCAGUCAGAGGGAGAACACCAGGCGCGCGCGGGCGGCUCCGGCUCCAGCUCCGGCUCCGGCCCGGCAGAGGCACGAUGGCGAGCAGCGACAGCAACCACGCCGCGGAGAGCCCCUUCGGCUCCGACGGGGACGAGGAGGCGACCCGAAGGCCGGAGAGCGACGAGGAAGAGGAGGACGAGGAGGACGAGACGGCCGCCGAGUCGGAGGAGGAGCCGGACGCCAGAUUAUCAGACCAGGAUGAAGAGGGCAAGACCAAGCAGAAGUGUAUCAUAAAUGACCCCUCCUUUUCCAUGGUGACAGUUCAACGGGAAGAUAGUGGAAUAACCUGGGAGACCAAUUCAAGCAGGUCUUCUACUCCUUGGGCCUCGGAAGAAAGUCAGACUUCUGGUGUAUGUAGUCUGGAAGGGUCAACUAUGAAUUCUUCUCCAGGGAAUGUUUCCUUUAUUGUGGAUGAAGUUAAAAAGGUUCGGAAAAGAACACCUAGGUCAAAGCGUGGCUCACCAUCAUUGCGUCGGAAAGGCAACAAAAAGAGAAAUUCUUUUGAAUCUCAGGAUGUUCCAGCAAAUACAAAAGAUAAUCUUUUAAUUUCAGAAAGCCAGGUACUAAACAAUCAGAAAGAGAAGUCAUCUAGUGGCGUUCAUGAUAAAAUAAGAAAAAAGAAGACCACCUCAAACACACCUCCUAUUACUGGGGCAAUAUACAAAGAACACAAGCCCUUAGUGUUAAGGCCAGUUUACAUAGGAACAGUACAAUAUAAAAUUAAGAUGUUUAAUUCUGUUAAAGAAGAAUUAAUUCCUCUACAAUUUUAUGGAACAUUGCCAAAGGGUUAUGUAAUUAAAGAAAUACAUUAUAGGAGGGGGAAAGAUGCAUCCAUUAGUCUAGAGCCAGAUUUGAGCAAUCGUGAUUCUAACUUAGUUUCCAAAACAGGCAAAUUAGUAGCCCCAAGCAUAGAAGAUGAUAAAGUAAAAGGGCUUGCUUCACCCUGGAGAGGUGUACUCUCCAAAAGAUCAGAGUCCUUGACCUCCUCAUUCAGUCAUGAAGAUGAAAAGAAAAUUUACGUUGAUUCUCCCCUAAAGGCCACAUCUGCCACCAAGCACACAGUUUCCUCUUAUGCAAGUAAUGAGACAGCAGAACAAGAAACACAGCUCAGCCCUCCACAGUUAGUGCCACAACAACCAGGUGAAACAAAACUCCGUGAAAUGGAGUCUUCCCCUCUUACACCUGAUACAUCUACAACUGGGUUCCUGGGAAGAGCAAAGGAAGAAUUUGAGCCUGAUUCACAAGAAAUUGUGACAUCAGAGUAUGACUCUUCAGUCUCACCACCUUCAGUGGAUGAGGUAAAGAAGGAAGAUGUGUAUUCUGCUGACCAUUCCAUUUCAUUGGAGGCAGAAAAGGUUUCGCAGGUAACAGGUUUACCAGGUCUGGCAGCAUCCAUCCAGGAGGAUUUUGGCCCAGAGACAGAAGGGGUGGACCUGACUUCAACAGAAAGGGCAGAACCAGUCUCUGAAAAAUGGAGCCCUCCUCAUCUUGAUGUCAAAGGAGUGGAGGAAGAAAAUGUGCCUGAGCCAUCCAUUUCUCUUUCUGAACCUCCAGUAUUAGAGGAAUCAAAGAAAGAAAUAGAAACUUCUCUACCAAUAGCUACUACCCCUGAGUCUGAAGAUUCUAAUUUAGUGGAAGAAGAGAUCAUAGAACUUGAAUACCCAGAAAGUCCAUCUAUUUCUGAGAAGCCCUUCCCAUCAUAUUUGGCCCCUGAAGUGGAGCGGAAAGAAGAGAUCACUUUACCAUCACUGAAAACAUCAACACCUGAAUAUGUUGCUUCAUCUGAGGAAGAAAGAGAGGAAAAUGAGUCUGUUUCUACUGAUUCUGCUUUUGUAUCAGAAUAUUCAGUCGCACAGGAUUUGAACCAUGAACCAGAGAAGCAAGAAGUUGAGCCAGUUCCUCCAUCCACCGUGAAAGGUAUAUCUGAACAUGCAGUUUUUUCAGAAGAGGAGAAUGAGGAAUUUGAGCCUUUGGCCUCUGCGUCUGAACGCUCUCUCUCACCAUCCAUAACUGAGAAGACUUCUGAAUGCCAGUCCCCACUGUUUUCAGCAGCUAUCUCAGAACAUGUGGUCCUGUCUGGAGAAGAGGCUUCAGAAAGUGGAUAUUACACACCAGAUUCCACAUCUGCUUCUGAAUAUUCAACUCCAUCACAGGCAACAAAAGAGUCACUGAAGAAAACAAUUGACCAUAAGCCCCCAUUAGAAUCAACAGGUGUUUCUGAGCAUGUGAUUCUAUCAGAAGAGAAGGAAGAUACAGGACCAUAUUCCCCAGAUGUGGCCUCUGAAUAUGAAUACUCUCUCCCACCAUCCACAACUGAGCAGACUUCUGAAUGCCAGUCCCCACUGUUUUCAACUGCUACACUGGAACAGGUGGUCCUGUCAGAAGAGGACCUAGGAAGUGAGUGUUUCACACUGGAUUCAACAUUGAGUUCCCGAUAUGCAGUUCCAUCAAAUGCAAUGCAGGAAUCCCCAAAGAAAAUAAUUGAUGUUGUGUCCCCAUUAAAAUCAAGACAUGUUUCUGAGCACAUGAUUUUGUCAGAAGAAAAGGAAGACACUGGGCCAUAUUCCCCAGAUGUGGCCUCUGUAUCUGAACACUCUCUUCCACCGUCCAUAACCAAGCAAACUUCUGAAUGCCAGUCCCCACUGUUUUCAACUGCUACACUGGAACAGGCGGUCCUGUCAGAAGAGGACCUAGGAAGUGAGUGUUUCACACCGGAUUCAACAUUGACUUCCCAAUAUGCAGUUCCAUCAAAUGCAAUGCAGGAAUCCCCAAAGAAAAUAAUUGAUGAUGUGUCCCCAUUAAAAUCAAAAGGUGUUUCUGAGCACAUGAUUUUGUCAGAAGAAAAGAAGGAAGACACUGGAUUGUAUUCCCUAGAUGUGGCCUCUGUGUCUGAACACUCUCUCCUACCAUCCACAACUGAGCAGACUUCUGAAUGCCAGUCCCCACCACUUUCAGCCACUCCAUCUGAACAUGUUGUCCUAUCAGAAGAGACAGUAGAAAUUGAGCGAUACACACCCUCUUCCACCUCAACUUCUGAAGUUUCAGUACCACCAUAUGCAACACCCAAAUCACAGGAGGAAGAAAUUAUCCAGAUAUCCCCUUUAAAUCUAAAAGGGGUCUCCUCACCCACGAAUUUCUCAGAAGAAGAGCAAGAAGACAUUGGACCCUUUUCUCCAGACUCAGCAUUUGUGUCAGAAUUCUCAUUUUCACCCUAUGCAACUCAGGAAAUAGAGAAAAGAGAAUUUGAAUGCGAUUCUCCAAUAUGUUUAACAUCACCAUCUGAACACACUAUUUUGUCAGAUGAAGACACUGAGGUUGAACUUUUCUCUCCAGACUCAGCAUCACAAGUUUCAAUUCCACCAUAUAGAAUCCCAGAAACAAAGAAAAAUGAAUUUGAGCAUGAUUCACUGGUAACUACAAUAUCUGCCUCAGGAUACUCUUGCUUUUCAGAAGCGGGUGAGGAAGACAUUGCACCAACAGCUGCUACACCUGUACCUGAGCACCUCAGUUCAUCACAGAAGCAACAAGCCAAACCUUCCCCUUCACUGUCUGCACCUGAAGACUCGAGUUUGCCACCUUCAGCAAAUAAAAGAGAGAUCACAGAAGUUCAGCCAGAUGCUCAAACAAUCUCAAGACCUGUAUCUGAAUAUCUCAUUUUGGCACAGGAGCAGAUAACUCGAGCAUUUUUAGAACCUGACUCUGAGGACUUGAUUCCAUCAUAUUUAACCAGUGAAAUGGAUAAGGGAGAAAUUCAGACUAUUUCAUCAGUAGCUGCAAGACCAGUUUCUUUACCUGAACAAUCAUUUACAGUAAAGGAAGACACCAAGCCUGUUGUGUGUUCAUCUCAAUAUUCAGCUUCACCUGAUUCAGUUCAUGCACUUAAGGAGGAACAAGAACUCAAAGCUUCACUCACUCCAAAAGCUGCAAAUGAACAGAUGGCUUUGUUAAAAGUUAAAAGUAAGGAAGAAAUUGUGCCUGAUUCUCAAGAAGCUACAGCACAUGUAUCACGGGAUCAAGAAAUGGAGCCUCAGCCUCCAAAUGUUCUAGGGUCUGGGAUGAAAUAUUCAGUUCUUCCUGACUUGGUAGAUGAGCCAAAGAAGGAUGUGAAACCUAAUUUAGCUCCAACUGUGACAUCUGAACUAGAACAGAGAAUGUUGUCAGAGAACGAACCUGAAGUAAUAAAAUCAUAUUCACCUCUAAAGGACACAUCUUUAUCUGGACCUGAGAUUUUAUCAGCAGUGAAAACACAAGUGAAACAUGACUCUAAAAUAACUGAUACAUCUAGAGUGCUGCAUUCAGCUCCACCAGGAGUGCAAAAGGGAACUGAACAUGAACCACCUGCACCAGAAUUUCCGGAAGAAAUAAAGAAAGAAAUUGAACCUAGUUGUUCAUUAACCACAACAUCUGUAACUAAGCAUGACUCAGACUUAACUAAGUUAACAAAAGAAGAAACCCCAACAGAUUUCUCUUUUACCACCCCUCUAGAACAUCCAGUCUUAACAAAAGUAGAAAAGAGUGAAUUAGGAAGUGAUUUGCCACCACUGGUGACGUCGAUAGAUGAACAUCCACUUCUUAAAGAAGAAAAGGUAGCACUGAAAAUUAGUUCUUCUACUGAAACGGCUACAUCUGAAUGUCCAGCUUGGUCAGAAGCAGAGAAAGAAAUUAAACUUGAUUCACCUGCAGGAAUAUCCUCUGUACCAGUUCAUUCUUUGUCCAAGGUAGAAACUGAAGAAGUUAAACCUGGGUUGCCAAUAACAAAAGCAUUGUCUUGUCAACAUGCAGAUGUAACUAAAGAAGAGAGGGUGGAAAAUGAACAAGGUGUUUCAUUUUCUACAGUCCUGGACUCUGAACAACUGGUUUUACCAGAGAAAAAGAAUUCUCUGUCUGCCUCAGAAGUGUCAGGGCCUGAACAUGUGCUUUUGCUCAAUGAAGGUAGUGAGGUAAAGGAAAAAGAAACCAAACUUUUUUCCUCACAAAACAUGUCACCUGCACCCAAACAGGCAGCCCCAGAAUGCCAAAAUGAGGAAAUAAAAAGUUCUCCUGCAUUGGAAAAUUUAGCAUCAGAAGAUUUAACUCCAACCCUUGGAGAUGAUAAGAACAAAGAGGCAGAAGAGCCAUCUUCUACAGCACGGGGAAAUUUCCCAUCAGAAAGACAAGAUCUUGUUCUGGCAGAGCUCUCUUUGGAAGGUGAAAAGAAAGACAAGCCAUACCAAGUAUCAGAAUUACUGAGCACUGGGUCAGAAGUUAUUCAUAGUUUAGGUGGGCAAGAUGGAUCCAUAGAUACAAAACACAUAAAAUCUCCCAUAACCGAAAGAGGGGAUUCUGUCUUAGAAAAGAGCCUCACUGAACUUAGGAGUAGAGGAGAAGGAAAAGAAGAAAACAGGGAACGUCAUGUGUCAGCUACAGUCGACCCUGAAGUUCCAGAGGUUUCAUCAUACCUUAGGGAGGAACCACAGAUUCAAGAACUUAAAUCUUUCUCUCCCAAGGUAGUCAGCUUAGGAUCAAAGGAAGCAUCGGACCCUCUAGUUGAAGGAGACAGCCCCAAAGAGCUUCAGCCACUUUCUUUUUCUUUAAAACCAUCAUCAGAGAAAUUGAACCAUUCAGCCGACAUUAAAGAGGGAGAAAAACAGGAAAUAAACCCAUUACUGUCAACAGGAAAUUUGAAGACACAAGUGAUAGGACAUAUUGAAACAAAAUUAAAUGAACAAACAGACCAACCAAAUUCAUUCCGUGUGCCCCAGAGUAUAACAGAUCCAUCUAAGAUUGUUUCUUCUGACCUCCUUGUAGAAAAAGAGAAGCCAGGAAAAGCACUUCAUUCAGAACAAGCUGUUAAAUUACCUGAUAUAAGCACAUCUUUUGCAGAUAAACAAGAUCUGGGAGUUAAACAAUUUUUAUUUCUGAAAGAGAAUUUGCCUUUGGAAGAAUCAAAAUCACUUACAACAAAUGAGCCUGAAGAUAUUACAGAAACACAAGUGAAAGAGGCCCUUAUUUUUCCAAAGGAUAAAAGCUGGAUACUAGAAAAGCCAGAAAGGGAUCUGGCAAGUCAACAUGAAGAAAGAAUAUCAGGAUCUGUGCAGCUGGGUUCCUCUGGCAGUAAUGAUUUGAUGACAGGACAGCUUAAGACUGUUGUGCCAGAUAAAGACCACACAUGUGAAACCAAAAAGCAGGUUCUGCCACAUUCUGCUGAAGUAUCUCCUGUAUCAUUACAAGAGCCAGUAUCUACUCUCAGUACCUUCAGUGGUGACAUAGAGACCUUAUCAGCUAAAACUUACUCUUCGGAAGAAACAAAGCUGGCUCCCAAACCAAAAUCUUUAGUUCCAACUGGAAGUGUAGAGAGAAACGAUGCAGAGAGGAAGCAGAUCUUUUCUUUCAUGGGGAGUGAAAGUUUGACAGUGGAAAAAGCAAACGCAGAAUUGUCCAGGCCUUGCAAAGAAGGCAGCCAGGAAGAAAUCAACCUACCUUCCGAAAGAAUCCUCCAGAAAGGAGUGUCUGGCCCAUCAGUGGAACUGAUCAAAUCAGAAACUAUUCCCUCUCCCUCCAAAGCAGCCCCUUUCCUGGCAGAAGAUGCAGAAUCUGCAUUGGACAGUGAAAAAGAAGCGCACAGGAGUAUAUCUUCUUUACCUGGAGAGAAGUCAUUAGAAAAAGAAAAAACGAUUCAGUCAAAGGUUUUAGAUGUUAAUGAGAGAGGGAAACCAGCACCUGAAGUGAAAACACCCACACCAGUAAAACUCCUCUCUUCGAUCCAAGAAAAUGAAGAACCUCAAUCUGCAGAGCCAUCUGAGGCAACACAAAAAUUGCCUAAGCAGCCAAAGGCAGUUGAGCGAGGCCUUUCUGAGGAGAAGGGAAAGAAAGGAAUCUUAUCAUGGAUGUCCAGUUUGUUUUUUGGAUCAAGGACUCCAGAUGACAGAGUUGCUGAAAAAGAUUUAGAAACUCAGCCAAGUCCAUCUGUAGAAAAAGCAGUGCCUGCGACACUGAAGUCUGAAGGAGCAGCUCCAGCUGACUUUAAUGCAACCAAGACGCCAACUGAUCAUCUGUUACCAGAGACAAAACUUAAACCUGCUGAAAAAUCCAGAGGUACUUUAGUUAAAUCUGGUGAAAGCCAAGACUUUAAAGAAAAAACAACAUUUUUAUCAAAUGUAGAAGUUUUACAACAGCCCCAAUCCAACCUUGAGGUGUCUAGUGAAGAUUAUGGGAAAAAAGAAAUCCUAGCGUAUUCAGAAGAAAUGGAUUUAAACUCGGUAGUUACUUCUGCUGAUGGUGAGGAACGUCUUGAAAUUCAAUCUUAUUCUCCCAUGGGUGAAGAAGCACAAAAUGCUGUUCCUCUUCACGUCGCUGAUAGUAAAAGAGCCCAGAAGCCAGAAAUUUCUGCUCCAUCUAAAUGGAAUAUUUCUAUUCUUAAGGAAGAGCCAAGAAGUGAUCAAAAAGAAAAAUUACGCUUUUCAUUUGAUGCAGUGGAUAAGGUGCCACAACAGCCAAAAUCAGCUUCAUCUAGCUUCACAAGUAAAAAUAUCAUGAAGGAAUCAGAGAAGCCAGAGACAAUAAUCUUGCCAGUAGAAGAAUCUGAACGCAGUUUAAUUGAUCUGGGUGAAGACAGACCUAAGAAAGAAAUGCAAAAACCUACUUCCUUGAAAAUUUAUGAAGAGGAAAUGAAACUCAGGUCUGUUAGCCCAACUGAGGAGAAAGGUAACUUGGAAACCAGAUCACAUUCCUUGGCAGAAAAGAAGGUGCUGGCAGAAAAGCAAGAAACUAUGGCCCCGUUAGAAUUUAGAGAUAAUGAAAUGGGGAAGGCACAAAUUGCACGUGGAUCUAGCCCUAUUAAAUUGGAAGAAUCAAAAACCACAGCUGUGCUUCAGCAAGUCUCUCAAAAUGAAGACCACAAAGAAAGAUACACAAUUAUGGUGGAGGAGAAAGAUGAAAAACAAAAGCAGUCACAAGCAUUUUUAGAAGGAAGAAAGUGGCAGGAAAUUCAACCUUAUUCCUUGAAUGUAGCCAGGUCUAUGCCUGAAGAAUCAGAUAUCUCUUUAAGUCAUUCUUCAGGUGAAACUCAACCACUUUCAUUAGUUAAAACUCUAUCAGUUACUGAAAAAUCAGAAACUGUGUUCUUGGAGGCUCACCCAGAAAUCAGAGAAACAAGGGCAGUAGGAACUCAACCACAUCCAAAAGAAGAAAGUAAAGUUUUGGUGGAAAAAACCAAGACUUUCCUUCCAGUGGAUCUUUCUUAUCAUGAAGAAAUAGAUAAGCAGUCUGUACCUAAGGAAGGAAAUCUGAUAUUGGAAAAGUCAAGCAGGGAGGUGGCAAGUCACAGUGAAGAAAAGAAACAGGUUACAUUGCCAGAGCCAUCAAAAGGUGUUUCAAUAGAUAUCACAAAAGAAAGUAUGAAACAAGGAUCUCCAUCUAAAGAAUCUGAAAGGAUUUUAGAUCAUCCUUUUGAUGAAACCAUGAGCUUAGAAACCCCACCAUCUUUGUUGUCAUCUGCCAAAUCACAAACACUUGUUUCUAGAGCUUAUCCAGAAAUUGAUACAGUGAAGAAACAAGAAAUGCCAUGGUCAGAAUUGACUCCAGAUAGGCAUACAGUCCAUACUAUUCAAACAUCUAAAGAUCUAACAUCUGAAAGGACUAAACAAUCUGUUGUUGCUUCAAAUCACCACUUGGAGGCUGUGGAAGAUGCCCAUGUAAAUGAACCAAGCUCUUCAGUGAGCAGCAACUAUGCUCGAUUUAUAAAGGAUGCAUCAUCAAUUGAUGCUGAUAAAAUGGUUUCUUCUAGAGAAAUAUCCAAGGAACCUGAAGACACGUAUGUAAAAGAUGAAGAAUUUACAAUGACUAGCAAGCCAGCUGGACUUUCAGAAGAUCAAAAGAGUGCCUUCAGUAUUAUUUCUGAAGGCUGCGAGAUAUUGAAUAUUCAUGCUUCUGCAUUUAUUUCUUCUGUUGAUCAGGAAGAAAGUGAACAAAUGCAAGAUAAAUUAGAAUAUUUGAAAGAGAAGGCUUCAUUUAAAACAAUAUCUCUUCAUGACAAUAGUGAGGCAGUCUCUUGCCAUAAAACAUUAAAGAGUAAGUUAGAAGAUUCUGAUCAAGUUAUAUCAUUGCAAGAAAAUAAACAAAAGGCAUCUUUUAACACAGAAGGGGAGAUGCCCACCUAUUCAGAAACUGAUGGUUUCACCUUUAAUCAGCCCGCAGCUCCUAGUGAAGAAGAUUAUUUUGAAAAAUAUACAUUGAUUGAUUAUAACAUCUCCCCAGACCCAGAAAAACAGAAAGCUCCAUGGAAAUUAAAUGUUGAAGUGGAACUCUCAGAGCAGGUUACAGAAGAUACUGUCUCUUUCCCAGAAGGUUCAGAGGAAAGUGCCCUGGAACAUGAAUAUGACUUGCUGAAGUUAGAUGAAAGCUUCUAUGGGAUGGAAAAGGACGACAGCAAAUUAUCUCACCCAGAUACCCAGAAGCAUUUGGAUAUCCAGCAAUCAGCUGACAGAGAUGUUCCAAAGAGCAUAAAUAGAGAUGUGGACUUAAAGGCACCUGGGAUGCCAUUAUUUGGUGCAGAAGAAGGAGUUUUGUCACGAACCCAGAUAUUUCCUACCACCACUAAAGCCAUUAAUCCUGAACUUCUGGAGGAGCCACCUGCACUUGCAUUUUUAUACAAGGAUCUGUAUGAAGAAGCAGUUGGGGAGAAAAAGAAGGAAGGGGAGACAGCUUCUGAAGGUGACAGUGUGGAUUCUGAGGCAUCAUUUCCAAGCAGGAACUCUGACACUGAUGAUGGAACAGGAAUAUAUUUUGAGAAGUAUAUACUAAAAGAUGACAUUCUCCAUGACACAUCUGUAACUCAAAAGGACCAAGGCCAAGGUCUGGAAGAAAAAGCAGUUGGUAAGGAUGAUUCAUACCAACCAGUAGCUGCAGAAGGGGAAAUUUGGGGGAGGUUUGGAACUAUUUUGGGGGAGAAGAGUCUGGAAGAGGAACAGAAAGCUAUGUAUAGGGAAGGAGAAUCAGUAGGCUAUGUGGGGCCUCUUGACAAUGAAGCUAUGCAUGGAAAAGUUCCCAUCACUGAAGAAGUCACAGUGGUUACCCAGAAGGUAAGCUAUGCGAUUCCAUUUGAAGACACCCAUCAUGUCCUGGAGAGAGUAGAUGAAACAAACAGUCAGAGUAAUGAAGCAGAAAAUGCAAGUCCAGAAGUCAGUCUGAAUGUCCCAGUACAGGUGUCCUUCCCAGAGGAAGAAUUUGCGUCUGGCGUAACUUGUGUUCAAGAAACACUGCAAGAAUCUAAAGUAAUAGUCCCGCCUGAGCCAAGUGAAGUCAGGCUCCGCCAUAGCCCUGUUCAGGAUGAGUAUGAAUUUGCUGAAUCCCUGAAUUAUGAAAUGGUUGUUCAAGACACUUUAUCAGAGGAACUGUAUUCAGAAUCCACACCUGAAGAUGUGUUAUCUCAAGGAAAGGAAUCCUUCGAACACAUCAGUGAAAAUGAAUUUGUGAGUGAGGUAGAACAAAGUACGUCUGCUGAACAGAAGGAGUUGGGUAGGGAGAGGACAGAACAAGAACAAUUAUCAUCAGAGUUAGCAACUGAGAAGGAACAAAAGGAACUGAAAAAGUCCCAGAUCGACACGUACUGUUACACUUGCAGAAGCCCGAUUUCUGCUGUUGACAAGAUGUUUGGUGCCCACAAAGACCACGAGGUUGCAACACUUGAUACAGCUAUAAGUGCUGUAAAGGUCCAAUUAGCAGAAUUUCUAGAUAAUUUACAAGAAAAGUCCCUGAGGAUUGAAGCCUUUGUUAGUGAGAUAGAAUCUUUUUUUAAUACCAUCGAGGAAAACUGUAGUAAAAAUGAGAAAAAGCUAGAAGAACAGAAUGAGGAGAUGAUGAAGAAAGUUUUAGCCCAGUAUGAUGAGAAAGCCCAGAGCUUUGAGGAAGUGAAGAAAAAGAAGAUGGAGUUCUUACAUGACCAGAUGGUCCACUUUCUGCAGAGCAUGGACACGGCCAAGGACACCCUGGAGAGCAUCGUGAGAGAAGCAGAGGAGCUCGACGAGACUGUUUUCCUGACUUCAUUUGAGGAAAUCAAUGAAAGGUUGCUGUCUGCAAUGGAGAACACAGCUUCUUUAGAGAAAAUGCCUGCUGCAUUUUCAUUGUUUGAACAUUAUGAUGACAGCUCAGCAAGAAGUGACCAGAUGUUAAAACAAGUGGCUGUUCCACAACCUCCUAGAUUAGAACCUCAGGAACCCAAUUCUGCCACUAGCACAACAAUUGCAGUUUAUUGGAGCAUGAACAAGGAAGACGUCAUUGACUCAUUCCAGGUUUACUGCAUGGAGGAACCACAAGAUGACCAAGAAGUGAACGACUUGGUGGAAGAAUACAGAUUGACAGUGAAAGAAAGCUACUGCAUUUUUGAAGAUCUGGAACCUGGCCGUUGCUAUCAAGUGUGGGUAAUGGCUGUGAACUUCACUGGAUGUAGUCUGCCGAGCGAAAGGGCAGUUUUUAGAACAGCACCCUCCACCCCUGUAAUCCGCGCCGAGGACUGUACUGUGUGUUGGAACACAGCCACCAUCCGAUGGCGGCCUGCCAACCUGGAGGCCACUGAGACUUACACUCUGGAGUACUGCAGACAGCACUCUCCCGAGGGUGAGGGCCUGAGAUCCUUCUCUGGAAUUAAAGGACUCCAGCUGAAAGUUAACCUCCAACCCAAUGACAAUUACUUUUUCUACGUGAGAGCCAUCAAUGCAUUUGGGGCAAGCGAGCAGAGUGAAGCUGCCCUCAUUUCCACCAGAGGAACCCGAUUUCUUCUGUUGCGAGAAACGGCUCAUCCUGCCCUGCAGAUUUCCUCAGAUGGGACAGUGAUCAGCUUCGCUGAGAGGAGACGGCUGACAGAAAUCCCCUCAGUGCUGGGUGAGGAGCUGCCUGCCUGUGGCCAGCAUUACUGGGAAACCACAGUCACAGACUGCCCAGCUUACCGACUUGGCAUCUGCUCCCGUUCAGCUGUGCAGGCUGGUACCCUGGGACAAGGGGAGACUUCGUGGUACAUGCACUGCUCUGAGCCACAGAGAUAUACAUUCUUCUACAGUGGCAUUGUGAGCGAUGUGCAUGUGACUGAACAUCCUGCCAGGGUGGGCAUUCUGUUGGACUACAAUAACCAGAGGCUUCUCUUCAUUAAUGCUGAAAGUGGACAGUUGCUCUUCAUCAUCAGGCACAGGUUUAAUGAGGGUGUUCACCCUGCCUUUGCCCUGGAGAAACCUGGAAAAUGUACUUUGCACCUGGGGAUUGAGCCCCCAGAUUCUGCAAGGCACAAGUGAUUUUUGGCUUUCAGAGUUUGCAAGAAGAAUAAUUCAAAUUUUGGGGGUCUAUUGUUCUUUCCCUUGGGUGCUAUAUACUCAAAAUGUCUCCCAUACAUUCGCACUAAUGAUAGCUACAUUCACAGUGAUCAGCACGUGAGCAAAACCACCAAGGAAACCUUGACUUUCUAGGUAGCAUUUGAGUAAAGAAGAUGGAAAAACAACUUCUACCCUUUGCUUUAUGUAUGUUUGCAUUCUCCCCUAAACUAAAAGAAUUUAUACCUGAUUUGGGCACCAGAAUAGAGAAGUGGUCUUCCACCUGUUUUAUCCGUGAUGGACAGACAGGAUAUCCUUCUCUGACAAGAAACAUGGGCUUUUUCCAUAAGAAAGAUGUCACCUCACUCCAUUAACGGAUGUUGGAUUCUAAUCAUUAGAGAAGGAGUUUUAAUUGUUCACAGCUGAUAAUGAACUCUUUUGUAAUAAUAUGUACUGUAGGACAUGAGUCUCUUUUCCCUGAAAUUUUAAAUGUAGACAAGAGCUAGGUAUUAGAAAUUUCCAUUUGCUAAAUAAAUGGCUAGAGUCUAUAAAACAAAA